UGGUUACGUGUGGUGGGUCCGUCGGUCCCGGCGCGCCCGCGGGCACCGGCGGGGGAGAUAUGCCAUGUGGGAUCUUCGUGUGGCGGGGGACCCCGGCGGAGCGUCCAGAGAACGGCUACUGGCACGGGGAAGGCCCGGAGACGCCAGGGGAGGAGCGGCUUAGAGUACUGGGCUGGUUCAGCCCAGAAAAGGCGAUACUGAGAACAGGCCUUACCGUGGGCUGCAGCUCUUCCCGAGGGGCRGCUCCGGUCUCUGCUCUUUGUSACAGGGAYAGGACCCAGGGAAUGRCUGGAGCUGUGUCAGGAGAGGUUUAGGUUGGGUAGUUUUUUCCCCAGAGGGUGUUGGGCACUGCCCAGKYUCCCCAGGGAAUGGUCCCGGCCCCGAGGCUGCCAGAGCUCCAGGAGCGUUUGGACAGCGCUGCCAGGGAUGGACAGGGUGGGGUUGUUUGGGUGUCUGUGAGGGCCGGGAGCUGGAUUGGAUGAUCCCGGGAGGUCACUUCCAGCUCAGGAUAUUCUGUGAUGCGAUGAAAAACCCUAAGCUGCAUCAGAAUCACCCAGAAAGUUCCUCAGUAAAGGCAUAAAAAGCUGCUCCCGCUCUUGUCAUUUCUGAAGCGAGAGGGMACGGAAUUAACACUGCCCGGGCCGGUUUUGUGGGGUCACCCCAUGACAAAGCCGGAUCAUGGGGGUCCUGGAUCCCGAUCACGGUGAUGAUCUGGACAUGGCUUGGAAAUCAGGCACCGGGAGGGCGYGAGGGUUUGUCAUAUGUCAUUUGUCGGACACUGCAACGCGUCUGGCUCCGGCUCCCAGGGAACGGGAGAGAGCAGUUCUGGCAGGUGGAAAUGGGACAUUAGCAAGAUGCCAGGCUCGCUCCUCAGGCCCUACAGUGGAGCCGGUGUGCAGCAACGGCAGAAUUGGGAGCAACCCCAAGUGGUCCCAUCCCGUUCCACUGCUACCGUGAGCUACCUAGGGGAUUCUGUCCCAUCCCGUCUUUUUUGGGAGCAACCCCAAGGUCCUGUGAGGCGCCGGGCGUUUCAAGCGUUUGGUGCGGGUUUCUUGUCCCUUUGGAAACAGCACGUCCUGCCCCGGCGCUGAUCAGGAAGUGCAGACAGGAUUUUCCUUUGCUGGAUGAUAUCACCAAGUUUUCURUGAUGGUGUUCCCAGACCAGUGCGGCUGUGCUGGGUAAAAGGGCGGUACAGUGAGUGAAGCGGUGCUGAUCCCAGGGGAGCUUGUGCCCGUGGCGUUCCCGAUGCCGACACACGCAGGGGUGCGCUGUCCCGGCUCCCUGGCUGGAGCAUCCCGCCCUGACGGUGCCUGAGCAGCGCCUGGCCCCGCGCGAAGGSUUCGGUGUCCCCGAGCCCCUCUGCCGCGCCCUUCACCUCGACCCCCGCCGCUCCGGCUCCGUCCUCGCAGGCAGCCUCCCGGGAGAGUCACCUUGGCCGCUCUGUCACUUCUGUGUCACUGCGCCCGGCUCCGACUGGCGAGGAUUUCCCCGGCACUGGGUGAAUUCCCCGCAGUGAGAACGUGCCCCGACGGUGCAGCAGGCGGUAAAGCCCCGGAGUCAUCGCGCUAGGGGGGGCACACAGGCUGGGGACAAAUCCUACUGCUGUGACCUUUUGCCGAGCAAGUUCCCCUGCGACAAGCACGUCGCCAUGACCUCAGUGCGGGCUGCGCCGCGCGUUUCCCCUACACGGCAUUUUUCCUGCCAUCGCCGUCCUGCCGUCUCUGUCCGGCCACCGCCCAUCCUUCCCGACCGCUGGCCUCCACCCGCCCCGCCAGCCGGCGCCACGGGACGCGAGGUGACCAUGGCACUCUGUGCGCAGUCUCUGGAGAUACAGCCAGAACUUUUCGUUCACAUGGCAGCAGCAAACUCUUCUCCACCUGGUUCUUUGGAUCUAAACCAGCCUGGAUUUGCAAAGGAGAUCCUGGGAACUAAACUGGAGGUCAAAUACCUCUGCUCUGAUUGCAAGAACAUUCUGAGGCGACCGUUCCAGGCGCAGUGUGGCCAUCGCUACUGCUCCUACUGCCUGAAGAAAAUCAUCAGUGCUGGACCUCAAAAGUGUGCCAGCUGUAUCCAGGAAGGAAUAUAUGAAGAAGGAAUUUCUAUUUUGGAAACAAGCUCGGCUUUCCCAGACAACGCAGCCCGGCGAGAGGUGGAGAGUCUGCCUGCUGUCUGCAUCAACAGUGGCUGCACCUGGAAGGGAACCAUCAAAGAAUACGAGGCUCAUGAUGAGGUCUGUCCUGAAUUCCCGCUGACUUGCGAAGGCUGUGGGAAGAAGAUUCCCAGGGAGAAGUUUCGAGACCAUGUGAAGACCUGUGGCAGAUCCAAAGUGCCCUGCCGGUUUGAGGCUGUGGGCUGUGCUGAGGUGGUGGAAAAUGAAAAGCUYCUGGAACAUGAAAGCAAGUGUUUGGCAGAGCAUCUCUACAUGCUGCUGAGCUCUGUUCUYAGCCUCAAGGCUGGUGCUGGGGACCUGAAGCCCCUUCCUGUCSUUUCUUCAUCACAAAACAGCUCCUCACUGCUGGCAGCAAACUCGCUGUGCUCUGAGUCAGAGCUCUCCCCAUCCCUGGAGCUCUUGGGAAGAUGUGAGGCCCUUGAACGGAAAACAGUGACCUUUGAGAACAUUGUCUGUGUGCUCAACCGGGAGGUGGAGAGAGUGUCCCUUACAGCCGAAGCCUACAGCCGCCAGCACCGGCUGGACCAGGAGAAAAUUGAAACUCUGAGCAACAAGGUCCGGCAGCUGGAGAGGAGCAUUGGCCUCAAAGACCUGGCCAUGGCUGAGAUGGAGGAGAAAAUCCGCAACAUGGAGGCUUCCACCUAUGACGGGGUUUUCAUCUGGAAGAUAACGGAGUUUGCCCGGAAGCGUCAGGAGGCAAUAACGGGCCGCUCUCCUGCCAUCUUCUCUCCAGCUUUCUACACCAGCAAGUACGGCUACAAGAUGUGUCUGCGCGUGUACCUGAAUGGGGACGGCACCGGGCGCGGGACCCACCUGUCCCUGUUUUUCGUGGUGAUGAAGGGACCUAACGAUGCGCUGCUGCGGUGGCCCUUCAACCAGAAGGUCACCCUGAUGCUCCUGGACCAGAAUAACCGGGAGCACAUCAUCGAUGCCUUCCGGCCUGACGUGACAUCCUCGUCCUUCCAGCGCCCCGUCACGGAGAUGAACAUCGCCAGCGGCUGCCCCCUCUUCUGCCCAGUCUCUGUCAUGGAAGCCAAGAACUCCUACGUACGAGAUGAUGCCAUCUUUAUUAAAGCCAUCGUUGAUCUUACAGGCCUCUAACCCUGCUGAGCUCGGAGCAGUGAGCGUGGAGCCAGCCCUGCCCAGGGCAUCCCCUGCUUGUGCUGCACUUCAGGCGGGCCUCGAAGCAAGGAGGGGGCACAGAGUGGAAGGGGAAAAGCCCUUCCUGUAAAGGGACCUUCGCUCUGAGUGGAAACAAGGUGUCUGAUGAGAGUGCUCUUUCCUUAYGAGGGGGUUGGGUGGACUCCAACCRGCAGGCUGUGGAAUAUGGAAGAUUUCCUGCAGGGACUUGGGUGUCUGAACUGCUGCUUUCUGGACUCCCAGUGGAAACUGGUGCAGCUCUUGCUCUACCAGUUCAGCUGACAUCCACAGCUCUCUGUCGUAAAAUAAUGGUUUUCCCUGCCUGAGCUCCACCUCAUGUGGAUUUUGGCUCAGCUGGAUUUUGAGAUCUCCAUGUUCCUGGAAGUUGUGUGCUAUGGGGUGCCAUGGCUCUGCACUACUGGCUGCACCAUGCCCCGAGAGACAGGGAAGGUGUGUGACAGCCACAGUGCCAGCUGUGCAAGAGAGACACGGACAGGUUUGACRUCAUUGGUGUGUUUUGGAGGGUGCUGAGCCCAGCUGCAGGGCAGGGGAGCCUCCAGCUUUUGCUGGGUGUGUGAUAGGUGGUGUGUGCUGGCAUGUGGAAUGGGGUAGGAGGUGCUGCUGCCUAGGAGGGAGUCUGGGGCAGCACCAKGGAUGUCUUUUUGGAAAGAGAAGUGAAUCUGCUGUGGAGAUUAUCCCUCCUGUGCCAGAAGAUGAGGGURAUGCAGAUUUUGGUGUGCACCCCAAAAGCCCUAGAUGCUGCUGCCCUCUGCCCACGCGUUCUGAGCAGCGCUGGGUGGGGUAAGAGCUGUGCUGGGAGCUGUCUUUGCUCACAGGC